UCGAUUUAACGCGGAACCACAAUUCAGGCGUGAGAAGGAGGCGUUUUCGUUUGGUUUGGUCUGACUGCAGCAGCUUCCGCUCUCUGGCGUCACACAUGUAGCACAAACAUGGCCCCUGCCAGCCGGGCUGCCGCCGUAGCCGCACUGAGCCUGCUGUACCUGUGCCGGGCGGUCGCCUCCACCGAGUACUUCUCCACGCUCACGCUGUUCAACAACGGGGUGACCAAGCAGGGCUGCAGCUCCCUGUCCGACUGGGAGGACUACACUGCGGACUGCGAGUCUUCAGUUCUACAGUUGGAGGACCCAGACUGCGAGGAGGGGAGCAACCCGCCCUGCGAGUCGGUCUUCUCACUUAACGCAGAGAAAAUCCUGAGCCAAGCCAAGCUGUUUAUAGAGCAGAAGAAAAUCCCCUUCCCUGUAGAUAACCACAACACAAACGAAGAACUUGCUAUAUGCUAUGUUCUGAUUGGCAAUGGCCUUUAUGAUGAAGCCAUCAAACACUUCUCACUCCUACUACAGGGUGAUCCAGAGCUGGUCAGUGCAAUAUAUGGAAGAGGGAUAGCUUAUGGGAAAAAAAGCCUGCAGGAUAUAAAGAACGCUGACUUGGCGUUGUACGAGCUCAACCGAGUGAUUGCGCUGGAGCCCAACUGGCCAGAGGUCUACGAGCAGAGGGCGGAGAUUCUGUCUCCUCUGGGGCGCAUCAGCGAGGCCCUGAGUGACCUGACCAAAGCCAUUCAGCUGCAGCCCUCGGCUCGUCUCUACAGACACAGAGGAACUCUGCUCUUCAUUUCAGAGGAUUACGUAGCGGCCAUGGAGGACUUCCAGCGCUCCUUAGAGCUGAAGAAGAAUCAGCCCAUCGCCAUGCUGUAUAAGGGACUCACCUUUUUCCACAGAGGCAUGCUCAAGGAAGCCAUUGAGACAUUCAAAGAGGCAUUAAAGUUGAAGUCUGACUUCAUAGAUGCGUAUAAGAGCCUCGGGCAGGCAUACAGAGAGUUGGGUGAUUUUGAGUCGGCGAUGGAGAGCUUUCAGAAAGCUCUUAUGUUGAACCAAAACCACAUCCAGUCUCUUCAGCUCCGAGGCAUGAUGCUGUACCACCACGGCUCGCUGCAGGAGGCCCUCGGCAACUUCAAGAGGUGUCUGCAGCUGGAGCCCUACAACGAGGUGUGUCAGUACAUGAAGGGGCUGAGUCACGUGGCCAUGGGGCAGUUCUACGAGGGCAUCAAAGCUCAAACUAAAGUUAUGCUGAACGACCCGAUGCUGGGACAGAAGGCCAGCCCCGAAUACCUCAAAGUGAAAUACCUCAGAGAGUACUCCCGGUACAUGCACUCUCAUCUGGAUAUCCCAGUGGCCGAGUACAACGUGGACCAGGACCUCCCGGGAAACUUUAAGAAUCACUGGGCCAAGAACCUGCCGUUUCUAAUAGAAGACUAUGAAGAACAACCGGGCCUGCAGCCACAUAUUAAAGACGUGCUGCCGCAGAACUUUGAUAGUUACAGUCCUGAGGUCCAGAAGAUAAUCUGCAGCGCAGACCAUUUGGGAGCGCUGAUGCAGUACGACACUCCUGGAUUUUUACCCAACAAGAGAAUACACAGAGCCAUGGGUUUAGCAACACUGGAGGUUAUGCAGGCCAUGCAUCGAACAUGGAGCAAUUCCAAGGUGCGAGUAAAUGGAAAGACGCGGCAAAUGCAGUGGAGAGACAUGUUCGACAUAGCUGUCAAAUGGAGAAGGAUCGCAGAUCCGGACCAGCCGAUUCUGUGGUUGGACCAGAUGCCAGCCAGGAGCCUCAGUCGAGGCUUCAACAACCACAUCAAUCUCAUCAGGGGGCAGAUAAUCAACAUCAGAUACCUGGCCUACUUUGACAACAUCCUCGACUUUAUCAAAGACAGAAUAUUAGUGUACCAUGGGGCCUUCAACCCUAGAGGGCUCCUUGAGGUCCGCCAGGCUCUUGAAAAUGUGAAUAAAGUAGAAGAUCUGCUUCCUAUAAUGAAGCAGUUCAACAGUAAAACUAGAGAUGGCUUCACUGUCAACUCCAAGGUGCCGAGCAUGAAGGAUCCUACGAAAGAAUACGAUGGUUUUACCAUCACCAUCACUGGAGACAGGGUGGGAAACAUGCUGUUCUCUGUGGAGGUCCAGACGACAGAGGAGCGGACUCAGCAGUACCAGUCAGAGAUCGAGUCCAUCUACAAAGACCUCACAGCUAAAGGAAAGGCGUUAAUGCUGUCCACUGAGCUCGGGGACGCGGAUGCAGUGUGCAACCUGAUCCUGUCGCUGGUUUAUUACUUCUGUAACCUCAUGCCUCUCUCCAAAGGAUCCAGCGUGGUGGCCUACUCCGUGGUGAUGGGGGCGCUGAUGGCCAGCGGAAAAGAGGUCAUCGGUAGGAUCCCUAAAGGAAAGCUCGUGGACUUCGAGGCCAUGACUUCACCCAGCCCGGACAGCUUCAGUAAAACGGCAAAGACCUGGAUGAAUCUCAAAAGUUUACCCAGUUGGUACCAGAGUCUCCCAUCUGUAGCAGAGACCUUCCCGUCCAUGAGAACAAUGAUCGAGGUCCUCAAUACAGACUCCUCUUCAUAUUGUCCUAAAAAGUCUUAACACAACUUCGACCUAGUAGAGAAAUCUGUGAAUUAAAGUCUUAAAAACAAAGUCUGCGCAGGCCAGAACAAAGAGACGGUCUUCUUCUACAACCCAAACAACACCGGGCCGACGCCUCCGACGGCGUCUGAGCACUACAGUCACCUCUGUUCAAAUUAAAAAAAAAAGAAAAACUUCCCGUUUACUUUAUGAAAUUUUCCAGUUUACCAUAAGCUACUACUUUUUUAAAUCUCCCCAUUAUCACAAAGCAGAGUGCUCGGUUUGUUUGGGAGGCAGAAGCAGCUCCGUCCACCUUCACUCGUCCUCUGCUCCACAGGCCUCAUGCCGACAAGAACACCUACAUCUGUCCAUCGGGACGUUUGUUGCACAGUCUCCACUAAAUCUGUCACUUUCAGCUGGUCGGAGAGCUGAAAAUGUGAUUUUCUGGACUUGUGUCAUUUAACUUUUUAGGAGGGAAAUAUUCAGCUCUUCUUUCUACCGUUGCCAUGCACAAACACGCCGGCCUGUCAGCAGAGGACGAGUUUGACGAUUUGAAAAAUAUGGAACAAAAUUUUCAGGGCUAUUAAAUUAAUAAUGUGAUACUUGAAGUAGUCUUUAUUAUUUAGCUGUUGUUUUUUUUUCCUUUAAGCAAUUGUCACUGUUUUUAUUGAGUGUUGAACCCUUUUGAAGUGUAAAAGUAAAAGAAACGUUGGUCAGACAUUUUAGAGAACUAUCAGUCAGUCGUUGCUUCCUGUGACGCGAACCGUCAGCAGUUAGUCAAAGCAGUAAAAACUCUUCCCAUUUCUUGGACAAAUAUUUGUUGGUUCCAGUGUCUCAGUUGUGAAUAGAUCGGUUUUUAUUAAUUUUAAAUAUCUGUAACUUGGUGAAAAGUUGUUUUUCAAAUUUCUUUUUGAGUUGGGGGACAAAGAAAAAGUUUUAUGAAAUAUUUUCUAUUGUAAAAUGCUGCAGAAAAGGUGAAUAAAACUAAAAUAAUUUAAACAGAGUUAAUAAGAAUGAAUGGGCUUCAUGUUCUCCAACCAGCGACGCCGGACAAGCAGCUUCAUGUCUGUCCCGUAACUUAAGUCUCUGCAGUGUGAACUAGAAAAGCCCUGUUCCUUACUCUAACACAGUUUCAGAGGUAGAUUUAAGCGGGAAUGUAAAAUCUGAGACUCUUGCCUGGAAGAUGCACACGGCAUCUCGUGAUCGUCCUCCUCCAUUUCUGACUGAGCUUUUUGAAAGUGAAUCACAGACGGAGAAAAACACGGUACAUUCUUCUCUUUUCUCUGGUAUCAUUCCUGAUCCUUAUCCGUCUUUGGCUUUGGUUUCCUUGUUUCCUCUCAUGGAUUGAAACUGUUGGUGUGGGCUUUGCUCUAUGACACCUGGGGGGAAUAUUUUGGGAAAACUGAGCUCAUUCCAAUGUUCCCACCUUCUGAUUCCUGCCUUUGAGAUAAGUGGUGACAAGCUCGGUUAUCUGGAUAAAACCUUGUCUGGCUUUAUUUUUACAUUUUUGUAAUGUGGUUUACUGAUUAAAUCAGACCAAAAAUGUGACUUUAAAUUCUUUGAAAUUUCUGUUGAUGGUAUCAAAAUCUGGCUAAAUAACAUUGCUACAUAUUAUCCAGAAUAUAAAAGCAUUUGUCAUUUUUGAUAAAUCCUGCCAAGGAUUUUAUAUAAGUUAGACGUGAUGUUUACGUGCAACCAUGUCUGGAAAUGUGUUGUCGAUGAGCCAGACACUGCUGCCUGAGUGUAUUUCUAACUAACUGUGGGUUUAAGCACAACAACGACAUUGUCUGAAAGGAUGCUCUGCUUUUGAGGCCUUUGAUACUCACAUUUUGGUCGCAGUAAGUUUUGAUAGUUCUGCUGCAGUUCCUGCUUUGAAAGUCUAAUUUCUCAUUUUGUCGCCGGACUACACCAUUCUGAAAACUGAAGAGAAGGAUCUCCUUGGUGUCCCUGUGUCCGUUUCUGGGUUCAUGUCACUGUUCGCUGGGUGGUCUGGUCUUGUAACCACUUAUUUGGGCAUUGGAGUGAGAAAUGCACAACACUCUUAAACCAUGGAGGAAGUUUUUCUAUUGAGUGUUCAACAGUCAAUAAAACUGGGUGACAAAACCAA